UUGUGUGUUGCAAAAACUGCAAAUAAAAACCACAUUUCCUCUUACUCUGGUUCAGCCUAUAUGCUCUUCAAAAAAAAUACCUCUUCUUAAAAGUUGAUGUCAAGCUUAAACUUGGCAAAGAAGCUUCAACCCGCUAAGAAGGCGUGGAGGAGUUUCACCAACACACUCCAAUCAAGACUAAGCAAGCUUAGAAUCUCCAAAGCCAUCAGAAAAAUAAGUUGCAUUGCAGCCUCUUGUUCCAUCCGUCCCCUUAUUCCCCGUAAACUAGGCAAUCUUCCUCGCAACCAGCGCCACUACCGUGGCAGCCACCUCCACCACUACCACAACCACCACCGUCACCAAUUUCAAAGUAACUUUGCAGCCAUAUACGUGGGCCAGCUCUUUCUGGAGCCGGCUUUAAUGAAUACCAAGCAUAUGGAUCCACUGGGGGAGGCAAGCAAGGCCAAGGGAACAGCUGCAUCAAGUAGUGCCACCAAUAAGGCCAAAGCUGAAGCUACUACAAUGAAUAUCCAAGAUCACAAACAGAAGCAGAAACAAGUACAUUUCCCAACUCCGGCUGUCGAGAUCAUUGAUGAGAAAGGCUUGCCAAGAAAGAGCAAGCCUAAGGCAGGUGAGACGAGCACACGUACUGUUGAAGAUGCAUGGAAGGCUGCGGUUUCUUCGCUGCCACAUCUUCAGUGUGUGGAUGAGAGAGCAGAGGAAUUCAUUUCGAAGUUUCGCCAAGACAUGAAGCUUGAGAGGGAGCAAUCCAUCGUUGAGUUCCAGGAAAUGUUGGCUCGCGGUGCUUAAAAGUAAAUAUUCACUUAUUAUCUUAUUCUAUUUUAAUUUCCAAUACAAAAAGAUGCAAGAAGGGGUUAGAAGAUCAAAGAUCCAGAAUGAUUGUUAUGUAUAUGCGUGUAUAGAUUGAUUUCUAUUAUAAAUGGGUGUGGUAUUGUAUAGAAACUCAAGGUUGUCUGGGAAAUUUUAUGGCUUUUAUGUUGGAUUCUUUAUAGACAUUAUUCUAUUUGUAAGUGGCUAUUCACAUGGAAUGUUUUGAAUUUGUGUUGAUCUUUUAUAAAUAAUUUUAAGAUGUUGAAUUA